GGCGGGUAAUAAAUCGCUAUUAUCUACAAAUUAUUCGCCUUUUAUUUAUCAAAUUUAUUUAAAUUCUGUUCAAUUUCUGAAAAAUCAAACACACUCAUGGCGGAUCUCUAUGCUCUUGACUUUGAUGGGGUGCUCUGCGACAGCUGUGGAGAGAGCUCCCUUUCAGCUGUCAAGGCGGCUAAAGUAAGAUGGCCAAAUCUGUUCAAUGGCGUGGACUCACAAUUAGAGGAUUGGAUUGUUGAUCAGAUGCGCACAAUUCGACCCGUAGUAGAAACUGGAUAUGAAAACUUAUUACUCGUGAGAUUGCUGUUGGAGACGAAGAUUCCCUCAAUCCGGAAGUACUCAGUUGCAGAGGGGCUCACGAUUGAGGGAAUAUUGGAGAACUGGGCAACUAUAAAACCUGUGAUCAUGGCAGAAUGGGAUGAGAAUGACAGGGAUGCACUAAUAGAUCUUUUUGGAAAGGUUAGGGAUGAAUGGAUAGAUAGGGAUUUUCAGACAUGGAUAGGUGCAAAUAGAUUUUAUCCAGGCGUUCCAGAUGCUUUGAAGUUUUCUAGUUCCAAGCUCUACAUCGUCACAACGAAGCAGGGCCGUUUUGCAGAUGCUCUGCUUCGAGAGCUUGCUGGAGUUACUAUUCCGCCUGAAAGAAUCUACGGGUUGGGAACUGGCCCUAAAGUAAAAGUUCUGAAGCAGCUUCAAGAGAUGCCGGAAAACCAGGGCCUAACCCUACACUUUGUUGAAGAUCGAUUUGCAACUCUGAAGAAUGCCAUCAAAGAGGCAGAGUUGAACAAAUGGAACCUAUAUUUAGGGGAUUGGGGCUAUAACACUCAAAAAGAGCGAGAUGAGGCUUCAAUAAUCUCCAGAAUUCAACUUCUUCAGCUGUCAGACUUCAGCAAUAAGCUCAAGUGAUCUUAUUUUCUUUGGGGUUAGUGUCCUCAUUUGUUAGUAAACGCAUUAACCACUCCAAACUAGAGGAACUGUGAAGUAAGAUGUUGAUUGAACAUCAUUCUUGAAACCGUUCAUUGUAUGGAUAUAUCUCUAUUAUAACUUGCAGUAAGAGAGUGUUUCAAUAA